AUGUCCGCCACCUCUCAUCUUUCGUGUUCCGUUGAAGUGGACUUACGGAAAACGCUGUCAGUGAAUCGGAUAAAUGGAUGCCUGGUCUUCUACCUCUCACCACUCGAGUUCCGUGGAAGUGGCCAAGCGGACAGUGCUGUCAGUGAAUUGGAUAAAUGGAUGCCUCGUGAGUGUAAAUCGGUGGACUUACGGAAAGUGCUGUCAGUGAAUCGGAUAAAUGGAUGCCUGGUCUUCUACCACUCACCUGUUGAGUUCCGUGGGAGCGGAAAAACGGACAGUGCUGUCAGUCCAUGUGAUAAAUGUAUGCCUCGCUCUUCUACCCCUCACCUGUCGAGUACCGUGGGAGUGGCCAAGCGGACAGUGCUGUCAGUGAAUCGGAUUAAUGGAUGCCUGGUCUUCUACCACUCAACUCUCGAGUUCCGUCGGGAGGAACAAAAAGAUAGUGCUGUCAGUGAAUCGGAUAACGGGGUGCCUCGGUCUUCUACCACUCACCUUUCGAGUUCCGUGGAAGCGGAAAACAGACAGGGCUGCCAGUAA